AUGGCUCGUACCAAGCAAACUGCUCGCAAAUCUACCGGAGGUAAAGCUCCUCGUAAGCAACUGGCUACAAAGGCCGCUCGUAAGUCGGCGCCGUCCACUGGUGGUGUGAAGAAGCCUCAUCGCUAUCGCCCCGGAACCGUCGCUCUUCGUGAGAUUCGUCGUUACCAGAAGUCCACUGAACUUCUUAUCCGCAAGCUGCCCUUCCAGCGUCUUGUCCGCGAAAUCGCUCAGGAUUUCAAAACUGAUCUCCGUUUCCAGUCUGCCGCUAUUGGAGCUCUCCAGGAGGCUUCGGAGGCUUACCUCGUCGGAUUGUUCGAAGACACCAACCUCUGUGCUAUCCACGCCAAGCGUGUCACAAUCAUGCCGAAAGAUAUUCAGCUCGCUCGUCGUAUCCGUGGAGAGAGAGCAUAG